AUUACUUAAAUUAGUAAAGUAAGUAAUUAACCAACUAGUAGUAACUAGUAAGUAAGUAGUAACUAACGUGUCUGUCUAUACAAGAGGUGCAUCCAUGUGAGCGACACGUUAUGUGCUUCUUCUUCUUCUGACAAUUUUAAAUUGAAAACAUACAUAAUACUAGUAGUACUGCAAACAAAACAAACACAGACAGACCCUGUUUUUGCUCUCAUCCAAACAACAACAUUGUUUCUGCCAUGGAUGCUUCUUCAGAACUUCACGACGUAACACACUUGUUCCAACCCAUAAACCUUAAAGAGCUUCCACAUCUCAACCACUACAUCCCUAACCUCCAACCCCUCCCAAAUCCACUCGAUCAAAACCCUUACUUCCACACCUCCCAACACAAAGGCUUCUACAUCACACAACACGACGUCGUUUUCUCUCACUCUACUCGCUUCGCUUAUCGAAGCGCUGGUCCACGUGACACCGUCUACUUCAACCCUUCCGAUGUAAAAGUAGCAAUCGUCACAUGCGGUGGUCUUUGCCCUGGACUCAACACCGUUAUCAGAGAGCUUGUUGUUGGUCUCUGGAAUCUCUGUGGUGUUCGUCAUAUUUUCGGUAUCACCGCUGGUUACAGAGGCUUUUACUCCACUGAACCACUUCCACUUAACCCUAACAUUGUUAGUCAUUGGCACAGUAAAGGUGGCACUUUUCUUCAGACUUCUAGAGGCGGUUUUGAUCUCUGCAAAAUCGUUGACUCAAUCCAAAAUCGAGGCUUCAAUCAGGUGUACAUUAUAGGUGGAGAUGGGACUAUGCGAGGGGCUGUGAAAAUAUUCAACGAAAUACAACAACGCAAACUAAAUAUUGCAGUUGUUGGAAUUCCUAAAACAGUGGAUAAUGACAUUGGAAUAAUCGACAGAUCUUUUGGAUUUCAAACAGCAGUUGAAAUGGCUCAGCAAGCAAUCAGUGCUGCUCACGUGGAGGCCGAGAGUGCAGUUAACGGUAUAGGCCUUGUGAAGUUGAUGGGUCGAAGCACAGGUCACAUUGCUCUUCAUGCAACACUCAGCAGUCGUGAUGUUGAUUGCUGCCUAAUCCCUGAACUAGAUUUUUACUUAGAAGGAAAAGGAGGGCUCUUUGAGUUUCUUGACCAACGGCUGAAGGAAAAUGGGCGUGCAGUGCUUGUAGUUGCUGAAGGUGCUGGCCAAGAUAUAAUACCCAGAACUGAUUCACAGAAGGAAGAGCGAGAUGAAUCUGGUAACCUAGUCUUCUUAGAUGUUGGAGUGUGGUUAAAGUCAGAGCUGAAGAAGUGGUGGGACAGGGACCACCCGGGUGAACUAUUUACAGUCAAGUAUAUAGAUCCUACAUACAUGAUUCGUGCGGUCCAUGCAAAUGCUACUGAUAAUUUGUAUUGUACACUCUUGGCGCAUUCUGCAAUUCAUGGUGUUAUGGCUGGAUAUACUGGAUUUGUUGCUGGUCCUAUUAAUGGUAACUAUGCUUACAUUCCACUGGAAGAUGUAGCAUGUGCAAAAAACCCAGUUAACACAAAAGAUCAUAAUUGGUCAUGGGUGAGAUCUGUCACCAAUCAGCCUGAUUUUCUAAAGAGCUAGACAUGCAGUUCAGUCACUGAUUGAAGUUUUCAGAGAGCAUUCUUGGAACACAAACUCUGAAGGUAGAUCUUAUUCAUUCAACAGUGAUUUUCAUGUUCUGAUGAAAUCAGGUAAUGCUCCUAGUAGGAGUUGGUGAGUGUUGGUAAAUGAUGGAUGUACAUAAUAAUAAAUGAUGUAUGAAUUUGUAUCACUUUUACAUUGUACUUUGUAACACAAACCUUAUGAUUGCCAAUAAAUCAACUACCUUAAACUAAUGCAAGAAGGGUUGGGACAAUGACUUUAUUUUCCUCCAAAGCUCUUCCUGGACUUUGAUGCAGGUCAUCACAAACACGAAUAGAAUAGAACAUGGAGGAACAUAUAA